ACCUGGUGGGGAAAUGAUUUACAACUACCCAAACAAGCAAAGCUAUCUUCCUGACAGUGUCCUCACUGGAUGAAGCACAUGCUAGUCACGUCCACGCUCGGAGCCGGGGCAGAGCAACAUUGGGGUUUCGUUGUCGAUGAUAAUAGAUGUCAGACCGUCAUCUGAAUAUUGAUGCGGAGGCCAGUCUGCGUUCGUAGAGCAGCAGAAGGAAGCAAGAUGGCUGCCCUUUAGGAUUUGUUUGAAAGGGGAGAGAUUGCACUUUGCUGGAUUUCUGCGGCGCUGAGGGGCAUACUGACACUCGAGCGAUCUUUAUGUACCAGUUUGAAUUGUUUUUGUCAGAGCACAGUAAAGGGAUAGUGGUACCGUGGAACAGAUACGUUCAGUUGGUAACCUUGUGGAUGGCCCUCAAGCAGACCAGAUGGAACAGGAAAGAGCCAGUCAUGUCGAGGACAAGAGACUGAGUCCAGUGCUAACGAUCCAUUGCUACUCCCCAGGGUGCCCAGCUGAAGCCCUGUCAGUGAAGGGUGAAACUGUGAGUGAGUUACACCAACAACCAGAAAUUGAGCCACACCAAGUCAAUGGAGAUUGCAAAUGGAACAGUGUGAAAAGCAGCUACAUUGAGAGCCUCGCACAGCAACAGGAAGGAAACUCUCAGAACCCUGAGGCUCAGCGAGAAACGCUAAGAGCCUCCAAGAAUGUGCAGAAUGGCAUUAAGCAUGCCCUCAGUGAAUUUUCUUUGUAUGGGCUUCAGCAAUGCAAGAAAAUAAAGUUGGUUGAAGAGGCAAAUGGACAGGUUGUGGACGUAGAGAAUCAAGAGGUCAAUGUGAAAAGGUGCAUUUGGGAAAAGGGUGGACUUUGUGAGACUGAUGGGCAGAAUUCACCGGGAGAUACGAACAAGCCUCCUGCUCCUGACAGUGAAGCUCCCGGAUGCCUCCAACCACAAUCAAAACGGAAGGUUAUCAAGCAAGUUGACAGUUACAAAAAUGGAGACGUUCUCCCCUGCUUUGAAAUCAACCAGGUGCCAAUUGCAAAUGGUGCUAUAAGUUCUGCAUCUUCCACAAACAUCCAGCAGGAUGGUCUCCGGGUGCUGACUCCGGGCUACCCAGAGUACUUUUUUACUGCUUCAUCCCGAGAAUACACCAGAAUAUCUCAGACCACAGCUCCCUCACAUACCUCAUUGUCCCGCGGGAGCUCCCCCUCUGCACCACCACCAGCCUCCGGUGGAGUCAGUACAGAAGCUUACACCUGGGGGAGGGGCGGCAGCUUCCUGGUGACGCCGGGGGUGUAUUCGCCGAAAGCAGAAGGGCAGAUUAAGCAACAGCUUCAGCAGGUAGUGGCGGCCAUGAACCAGGAAGGGCAGAAACAUCCACCCACCGACAGCCCAGGCUCUGCAGGCUUCAGCAGGACCUCUAGCAGUGACUCUGACAUGAUUUCUUGGACUGGUGCUACUGGUCUGUCCAACACUUUGUCACAAAUAACAGCAGGGCUCGGCUUCCUUCCCAACAAUCAGGGCCCACUGGAGACGACGGGCAGCAGGCAUUCUCCGCGACGAGCUGAGGCUGUGGGGCUGCUGCAAAUAGCAAGGCCCCAGUCAUCCUGCGGAGAGCAGGAGCAGUACGGCCUGGCCGAGGGUGGGCUCUUAGCUCGGCUGCACGGCAGCUCUCAAGGUGGAGAGCCGACUCAACAGGCACAGGCUGACACCCAGCCGCCUCCUCAGCAACUGGAGCAGGAGAAGACUUGUGUCUGGGGCGACCCUGGGCAGCAGACCAAUGUCCCGCCUCCUCAGCAGCACCGAGGGGCUGCCCCAUUCCAGGGGUCGGAGGGCUUGAAGAAGGGCGAAGGGCAGAAGGCGGAGCCGGAGCCCCGGGUGCAGUUGUACCGGCCGGAAUCAGCUCCACAGUACCUGCUCCCUGCGAAGGUGGAAACCCCGGCUGCAAGGACAUCGCUGCUGCAAGGCGUGGCUCCAGACCGUCCCCACUCUGUGCCCCGACCGUCGGACAUGCUGCUGGUGAAUCCCUGUCUGCAGUCCUGGCACUUGGAGCAGCAGGGAGUGGGGAGAUUAGCUCCCGCUUCCCACCCUUGGCCACAGGAGCCCCAGACACAACGGUUACAGCUUGCUCCUGAUCCCGGACACAUGGCGCCAAUUUCCAACCACACUUACCAGAGCAGCGGCGGACAACAGCCUGGUGGUGGCUUAAAGCAAGUGGAGCUCAUCAAAUUGCAAACCACAGUGGGGACGUCAAGUGAGCGACAGUCCCAUCCAAUGCAGAAACACCACAGCCAGCCUCAGUAUACCCAAAGUCCGGCUCAGAGAAAACUAAACGAGUCUCAGUCAAACAAGGUCAUUCUGUCUUACUGUGAGGACAAGCAGACUAGCCCAGAUGGGACAAGACUGUACGGGGUAGAAAGCAGUGUGAGCCAAGGUUUUCUGCUGCUAAGCAAAGGCACUGAUUUACCACAAGAUCAACACACCCAGCAGGAGCCAGGGCAAGCACAGAAUCCAAAGCAACAAGUCCAUCACACAUCUGUUAUCCAGCAAACCCAGCAGUUACCAGUCCAUCACCAACACUCACAGGUGCAAGCUGAACUCCACAAACACUCUGCCCACAGAACUGCGCAGGAUUAUUCCGUCUCUCACUCGCACCCAGCCUCACUGCAAAUGCUCCAAAGCGCGCAAAAUGAAGCUCCAUCCGUUAAGAAGGAAGACAAUGUUCAAGCAACCGCAGCACUUAAAUCCCACUUAUUGCCACAGGAAGACAGUCAAAUAAGACUACACCAACAAAAAAUGCAAGAUUUCAAAGGACUUCUUAAAGUGAUUAAGACUGAGAAAGAAUCUCCUACAGGCCCUUCACCGAUACUCUCCAGCGCCCAACUGAAAAAUGAAGCUGAAGUAGUGAACGUUAUUAAACAACAAAGCCAGCAAUUCAGCUGUGACCGGCAAAGACAAGAAAGAAGCAUCAUUGAAGCACUGGAGCAGCGCUUCAAAGAGUACCAUCUCUCCUUCCCUUUUGAACAGCAAUCAAGUGUCAAGUCGCCUAAGCAAGUGAAGGUAGAAACUACAGGACCACUCACUGUUUUGUCUGCUACUGCAGAUUUUGAGUCUGAUAUGGGCGGCGACUGUCCCUCUGCCCAGCAAACCAGCUCUUCCACAGAGGCCACACCGACAAAAAAACGGCCAGGAUCCACUCUGAGUAAUUUUUUAGAGUCACCCAUGAAACUUUUAGACACUCCUAUUAAAAGCUUAUUGGAUACCCCGAAAAAGACACAGUUUGAUGUCCCGGCAUGUAGCUGUGUUGAUCAAAUUAGUGAAAAAGAUGAAGGUCCUUAUUACACACACCUUGGAGCAGGCCGUGAUGUUGCUCAAAUUCGAGAGCUAAUGGAAAAUAGGUUUAGCAAGAAAGGCAGUGCUAUAAGAAUCGAGAAAAUUAUUUACACUGGCAAGGAGGGAAAAAGCAGUCAAGGAUGCCCUAUUGCAAAAUGGGUGCUUCGCCGAAGUUGCGUGGAAGAGAAGUUGCUCUGCCUGGUCCGGGAGCGAGCUGGCCAUUCGUGCGAUACUGCAGUGCUGGUUGUCCUGAUCCUGGUGUGGGAAGGAAUCCCACUGCCACUUGCUGACAGACUGUAUGUGGAGCUCACAGACACUCUGAGGAGACAUGGUGCCCUGACCAGCCGCAGAUGUGCACUAAAUGAAGAACGAACAUGUGCUUGCCAAGGGCUGGAUCAAGAUACUUGUGGAGCCUCGUUUUCCUUUGGCUGCUCCUGGAGUAUGUACUACAACGGGUGUAAGUUUGCCAGAAGUAAAGCCCCCAGGAAAUUCAAGCUGCUUGGCGAUGAUCCCAAAGAGGAGGAGAAGCUGGAAGCAAAUCUGCAAAACCUAGCUAGUUUAUUGGCACCUAUUUACAAGAAGCUUGCCCCAGAUGCAUUCAAUAAUCAAGUGGAAUUCGAACAGAGAGCACCAGAUUGUCGUCUGGGCCAGGCAGAGGGACAUCCAUUCUCAGGAGUGACUGCUUGUGUUGAUUUUUGUGCCCAUGCUCACAGAGAUUUGCAUAACAUGCAGAAUGGUAGCACUGUGGUUUGCACACUUACCAAAGAGGACAAUCGAGUUAUUGGCCAAAUUCCAGAGGAUGAACAGCUUCAUGUGCUGCCUUUGUACAAAAUUUCUUCUACUGAUGAGUUUGGUAGUGUGGAAGGUCAAGAAGAAAAGAUCAAGCAAGGUGCUAUUCAAGUGUUGACCUCUUUUCGUCGUGUGGUGAGAAUGUUGGCUCGUCCAGCCAAGUCUGGACGGCAGAAGAAGGAAUCCAGAAAGGCUGGGCGGCUUUUGAAUCAGGAGAACAACACUGCAAAAGCCGAGAAGAGUCAUUCAACUACAGCACGGUCACAUCAGGCCAGCUCAGAAAACACAGCGUUCAAACAGCAGCUGCCAAGUAAAUUAGGUUACACUGUUCCUCCAGCUUCUCAACAACAAACAGUACCCAAUAUCUACCAAUCUGCGCAACCAAGCACUUACCCGGGUUAUCAGUGUAAUGGAAGCUCAUCUAUUGACAACCUCCACCAUUAUAUGGGAUCUCACUAUCCCUCAGUUGCACAUCAUAUGGACACGUACCGUUACCAAGUUCCAAUGAACAAAUUAACCCUGCCACCAAUUCAGACUCUCUAUCAGCAGCUUUCAAAUUCCUACAGGCUCAGCAAUAAUCAGAUGUGUCUGAGCAGAUUUUGUAAUUAUACUGAUUAUGGUGUGCCAGUUAAUGGCUACAAUGGUUGCCAGAUUGACAGCAGAAUAACAAACAUCCAACAAAUGAGGAGUAAUCCUCAUUCUGAUUCUUCUCAAAAUGAGCCCCAACCUACGGAACCUAUUUCUAAACCAGUGUCCAAUGUGAAUCAACAGACUUCAGAUCAUCCUGCAGUAGCUCAUAGCAGCCAGUGCCCUUCAUACGUAAGCUCAUACCGGUCCAGUGAGCAGCAGCCUGCUAAUUCUUUCCAAAUAGAAAAUAAAGAAAAUGAACUUAAUAUGCUUGGAGCUAAUGGUACUUCAAGACUUCCUCCAACAAAUAAUUAUAAUGUGGCUAAAACUUCACAAGCAGAGAUGCUUGCAACUGUCAAUCACAAAGUUCCAGAAAACACCUCUCACACACUUUCACAAAGUAAUGCAGCUGCUGCAGAAGAGCAUCAGGAGGUUUGGUCUGACAGCGAACAUAACUUCUUAGAUAAAGACAUUGGAGGGGUCGCAGUGGCACCAUGCCAUGGAUCUAUUCUUAUUGAGUGUGCAAAACGUGAACUACAUGCAACAACGCCAUUGAAAAACCCUAACAGAAACCAUCCAACAAGGAUAUCCCUCGUAUUUUAUCAACACAAGAGUAUGAAUGAGCCCAAACAUGGAUUAGCACUGUGGGAGGCCAAGAUGGCCGAUAAAGCUAGAGAGCGAGAAGAAGAGGCCGAGAGACUUGGUUUGGAUUAUGUGCCUAGCAAAUCUUACAGCAAAAAAGCAAAACGAGAGACGGCAGAAUCACAUGAACCCAUAGAACCACCACAAAUACGUUUUAUGAGGACUCUUGCGCAAAGGACUGUGACAUUCACAACCAACUCAGUAACUACAGCAUUCCCAUAUGCCUUCACACGGGUUACAGGGCCUUAUAAUCGUUGGAUAUAGCUUCACACUCACCUGGGUUACCUCAUUUACUGUCUAGCAUUUGGCAAGGCAGCUGUGCUAUACCCUGUGGGGAAGAAGCAGUGUUUGAUUCAGCACUGGCAAAAGGAAUAAAACACCAGCAAUUAGAGACAGGCUAAAAAACACUUGCCUUGUAUCCUGGUUCAAAUUUUAACGAGUGCUCACAGAAAGGACCAAGCUGAAAAGUGUCCUAUGCAAAAACUGUUGUAUCAGAACAUUAUUCUAGAAUAUGGAUACAUACAGGGCCUUUCUGUAAAAUAAUUUAAACUAAGUAUUUAUGCUAGACACAAGUGACCUCUAAUGUCAUUAAUGAGCCUAUUCCUAGGAAACAGGGCAGGAACAGGGCCCACUCCUCUGGUGCUGAGUGUUUAUACUAUUACCAGGGCAGCGUUUGAUAACUAUACAUUUCCAUCAUGUAGUUUUGAUUGCCGAGAACAGUCAGCUCAUACAGCUGAAAUUGAUUUUAAUUGAUUAAUCAGGAAAAAACACUGAGAAGUUUGAAAAAUCAUGGUGCUACAAAACACUUGAUCAUCAUGGUGCUAUAUUUAGAGGAUUUUUAACAUCUUUAAUGUAAAUUUCAAAUGCCAUUUUAAUGGUUUCAUAAUUAUUAACAUUUUUCAGUUGAUUAAUUGAUGCUGAGUUGUCCUCUCAUCGCGUAGAGGCCUUUUAACUUAAAGCUACAUCUGUAUUAAUAAAUCAAAAGUCUACAUUUAAAAUGUAGUAAAGUACUUUGGAGGGUCAAUGAAUUCUGAUUCUGUAGUAAUCCUCAAUGAAUCUCAUGAAAUAUUUUGUAAGACUUUGGUGUUCCAAAAAGCACUUUGAAUAUUUUAAGCAUUGACAUCUUGAAGGGUGAUAAGAGUACUAAGGCACUAAAGAAAUAUACUGUAAAAUAAAAGAUUGUCAAAGUACUUUAUACUAUCCUAGCCAUAAGUCAGAUAUAGGCUACGUGAAUACCCUUUAAGUGUCAUAGAUUACCUUACAGUUUGGGAUUUACUGGACACAGUGAAAAACCAUAAAAGAAUGCCACAUAAAACACUGAUUCUGGUGCUCGCAUACAAUAUGCAGCUAUAUUUGUUCUGUUAAAAUACAGAAAUCCAUACAAAAUUAUGGUUAUGGUGCAUUUUUUAAGAUUCUGGGCUUUCAUAUUAACACCUAUGCCACAGCAUGUUUUAGACAGAAGUACUAUGGUUAUCCUAGACCAAUUAAAACAUAUAUAAAUGAAUUAUAUAUUCGCUCAUAGAUUUGAUUUACAAUGAAAUGCCAAUGUUUGGAUAGAUUUGUGAUGUUUUUACAGUUGCGAUAUAAGCAGAGUUAUUAGGGGAGAGAACUGAUAGCGUACCAAGAAAGAAGAAAACAGGGUUAGUUGUAUCACAAAUGGCAAAAUCAGGCAGCUGGCUUGCUGUGGAAAUGUUAAAAUCAUUAAUAUGUAAAUAUGAAAAUAUAAAAAAACAAAAAAAAUCAAAACUGUACAGUAAAUUAAUUUGUAAACAGAAUUUUUUUACUUAAUUCUUUUACUAUUUUAGUACUGUAAUAUUUUCAUAAUACUUUCUUUUAAGCUUUUUUCAGACUGGUGCUACUCAAUCUGCUACAGUUAAAAUGUGAGUGUAGGAAGUGUAAAGGGGGUUGGAGAUGUUCUUUCUUGUCAUAUACCUCAGCUCUUGUACUGGGCAAUAGGAAAAUGGUGUUUCAGUAGUCAGUAGUAUUUUGUACACCAUCAUUGUUUAAUUUAAAUAGUCUUUUUGACAAACUUUUUUUUUCCAUUUUGAUACUUGAUAACUUGAAACUCAAGCUUUUGUUCUACAAGAUGAUCAGGGAAUAUUACAAUUCUUUUAUUCUCCUUUUGCUAAUACUUCACAUGUGUUUUAAUAUUACCCCUUGUUUUAUUUUUCAGGGAUUCCUUCAUUUUGUUUAAUCCCUAUUUGGAUUUUACAUGUAUAGUCAUUUACAUGUACUUGAUGCUUCUAAAUUGAGUGUUUAUGAAGCAAUGGUUUUGUUUUUAAUCUAAGCAAGAAAGUAAUAGUUCUUUUUCCUUGAAGAAUUUGAAUGAUGUAUGCACUGAGCUGAUAUAAGGGAAGGAAAAAAAAUGAGAUUUGUUAUUUUCAUGGUGGGUAGGGGGUCAGAUUAGUGUCUCAUAUGAAUGAAUGAACUUGUGCCACUUGUACAGGGCCCAGCUUCAGUAGCAACAUGUCUGUGGAAGUAAAGUGCAUGCAUAGAUUAUUGGGUUCAUGCUAGCCAUACUUGAAGAAGCUUCAGAGUGGUGUUGACAUUACUUGAAUUUAAUUUCAGUUUGAUUGAUGCACAGCAGUAUAUGUUGUUUACUUCUCAAGUCAGAGGUCAAUAUAUACUCAAGUGUAAGAUACUUAGUUGAAUUUGACACUAAAAAUCAGUUUUGGUGUGCACUUCAUUCUAUUCUGUAUUUUACUUUGGCUUUGCUCUUUACUGGUAAAUUGGGUAUGUUGAAAAAGAAAAAGGAAGCUGGUUAUAAAUACUGUAAGUAAUGUACUAAAAGCGGAAAGUUAUUUGAAAGCUGUUUAUUAUAUCAUUCCUGAUAAUGCUGAGAUGUGGGUCUUUUUAAUAAAAUUUAU